UGUAGCACUUCCGUCGCUCUGUAAACAUGUUCCUGUCUAGGCAGUGACAUGACUUUGAACUUCUCAUAGGUUCUCAACUUUCAUAAAGGACAUUGCUAUAACACUUUGUAAGCAUGUGCGUGGAUGUCUAGGUGAAACAUGCUGACCGCUGUCCGAGUCACCGGACGUUCCCUCAGAUACUUAGUAUCUCAAACUCUGCCAAGGACUCAGGUGAAACAUGCUGACUGCUGUCUGAGCCACCAGAAGUUCCUUCAGAGACUCAGUGUCUCUAACUUUGCCAUGGACUCAGGAUACCUGCAGGCUAAUGUCAUCAUCCUGCCCAGUCAUCUGGCCAAUGACUUUGAAGCCUUAUGUCACAGAAAUCCCGCCCCUUUGCCACUCCUUUAUCGCAGCAAAUCAGGAGAGACUUCCUGUCCGGAUCUUGCUAAACAUGCUGACAUAAGGACAGAUAUUUCUCAGUACUGUGUGUACGAAGAGGGUGUCCUGGUGAAGACAGUCUCCAGUCUGUGGAGUUACAGCUCUCCACCAAGGAUUGCGUCAGAGCAGCAGGCUGUGCAACAUGGCCCGUGCUCAGACAUGGUGUGUUUCUAUUUGGGCUGCAGUUUUGGCUUUGAAGGCAGACUGAAGAAAGCUGGAGUCCCUGUCAGGAACGUGGAGCAGGGCACAAAUGUCAGCAUGUAUAGGACUGCAGUUCCCUGUAUUCCUGCCGGAGUGUUCAGCUGCCCUCUAGUGGUCACUAUGCGUGCUGUUCCAGCUGGCAUGUUGGAUGCAGCAGUAGAAGCUACUCACCUCAGCCCGCUAGCACAUGGAGCUCCUGUACACAUAGGAGACCCAGCUCUCCUAGGCAUACAGAACCUGUCCAGACCAGACUAUGGGGAGCGAGUAGAGCUGCAGCCUGGGGAUGUCACGGUGUUCUGGGCCUGUGGAGUGACUGCUAUAGAAGCAAUACUCAGCAGCAAGCCCUCUUUGGCGUUCAGUCACUCACCAGGCUGUAUGUUCCUGACUGACAUCCCAGACUCCUCCCCUUCUUCCCCCAUACCUCCUCCCUCUGACAGCGUAGACCCUCCCGCCACGGAUCCCAAUCUUGAACUGAUCCCCCUCUGCUUUCUGGUGUCCCGCAAUCCCUUGUUGUACAGUUUAGUAUCUCGGAGGGCCACAGCAAAAAUCCGACAGCUGGAGACGAUUAUUGGAGAGGACCCAGGUCAGCGAGGGAUCAGAGCUUUAUUUGUUCAGGAUGAACUUCUGCGUUCCUGUCUGGCGCUCUCCCACGCUUCCUCCGUUGCCAUAACAACCGGCUUCCCCACACACUACAUGCAUAGCCCUCCUGACGAGACUGACGGCCCACCUGGAGCCAUUGCCAUGGCAACCAUGCUGCUGUCGCUAGGGAAACAGGUGUCAAUGGUGACAGACAGGAGAGCCUUGGAGAUGAACCAGGCCAUCAUUGAUGAAGCUGUGCAGACAGGUGUGCUGAAAACUGCCAUCCCAUUGGUCACCUUUGAAGACAGCAGCCCAGGCUCUGCACUGCACUUCCUGUGCCACCAUGGAGACCCCAGCAAGCCCAGGUACGACCACCUUGUGGCGAUAGAGCGCAGUGGACGUGCUACAGAUGGAAAUUACUACAACAUGAGAGGAAUUAACAUCAAACAUCUGGUGGAUCCUAUUGAUAACCUGUUUAUUGCUGCCAACCAUAUACCAGGAAUUACCACUACAGGGUCACGGGGGGCUGGAGCCAAUCCCAGCUGACAUCGGGCGAAAGGCAGGUCGCCAGUCCGUCGCAGGGCCACACAUAGACAAACAACCAGUCACACUCGUGUAUAAUGGUAUAUCAUUAAAAAAUGCUGCAGCUC